AAAUUCAGACACAGUUGAACAACGUGGUUCACUGCAUAGAUGCAUCUUUUUCCACUUUUUGUUCUCUUUUGACAUAAGAUGGAUUUAAUAUUAGUAACUAUUGUAGACAACUUUACUAUUUGAAAGAACAAAGAAUAAAGAGAAUAGCAUCUUUGCUCGUUUUUUAGAAGAAAAAAGGCAAGUUUGUAUAAGUGGAAAAAUUGUAUAGUGAGAAUAGUUUCUUGAAUUUCAACACAUUUUUGGAGUGUUAUGUUGUGGGGUAGCAUAGCAUAGCACUACACUAAUAAUAAUGUGAGUUAGUGAGUGAAUAGCGAAAGAUUAAGAAAGGUAAAGUUUGAUUUGAACAAGGAAAAGGAAAGAAGAUGAAAAUAGAGGAGUUGGAUUAUGUGUUGGUGCCUGUUGGUAUGUUGGUGUUGUUAAUGUAUCAUGUUUGGCUUCUCUAUGCUAUAAUCCGACAGCCAUCUAUCACUGUUAUUGGUUUGAAUGCUCAGACUCGUUAUCAAUGGAUUCUUUUCAUGAUGUCUGAUCCAUUGAAAAACGGUGUUUUGGCGGUUCAAACAAUUCGCAACAAUAUAAUGGCGUCUACUCUUCUCGCUACAACAGCAAUCACACUAAGUUCACUUAUUGGAGUUUUUGCAAGCAAUGACUCAGAAACCAAACUAGUCUAUGGCAACAAAAGUUCUCUAAACUCGUCGAUAAAACGGCUCUCUAUAUCGCUAUGUUUCCUUGUCGCAUUUCUAUGUAAUAUGCAAUCGAUAAGAUACUAUGCACAUGUGAGUUUCUUAAUCACCACACCGGCAAUCAAAGGCAAAAAGGACUUCAUUGAAUACGUUGCGAGAACAUUGAACCGCGGAAGUUAUUCUUGGUCUCUCGGCUUAAGGGCUUUCUACUUGUCAAUUCCCCUUGUCCUAUGGAUUUAUGGUCCUAUACCUAUGUUUGUUUGUUCUUGCUUCACAUCAUUUCUUUUGUACUUCUUGGAUACAACAACUCAAAUCACAAGAGAUCUUCACAAUAAGUCUUUUAGAGAUAAGGAAACUACUACUCAGGAAGUGGAUGCAGCAGCAUAGGUUCAUAUUUAUAUAUAUAUAUAUGUAACUGUUAUUCAACUUGAAUGUAACUAUCAACUAUGAUACUUUUCAUUCGUUUAACUUAGCAUUUUGGAAUUUAGAUUUAAAGCUAUAUAAAUUUUGCAAUA